CACUGGGUUAGGACAGUUUGUUUUUCUGCAAACACAGCUGAUUUUCGACGGUCUAUUCGAUCAUUCGUUCAGCGAUUUGUUUGGAGGUUGCAUGUAGAUUUAGCCGGGGGUUUUGGAGGGAAAUUUUGGGAUGUAAAAACGGAUUAUUAAAGAGUUUAAUAAAAGUGGUUAAAAAUAAGAGAAAGGAAUGGCUCAACAAGUUUUAAAAUCCGUAGACGUGAAUACAGAUGAGGCUCCUGCAAGCAAACGUGCUAGACUUGAUGAUGGUGAGGGCAAGGGAGGCUCUUGGGCUCCCUGGAUCUUAACCAAAGGGGAAGUUAUCCUUCACGACGAGCAUGAUCGUGGAAUCGGCAGACUAGAUUGUGUACCUGACAAUUUGGCACUUGAUGAAGACACCAUUUUCAACAAAAAUGUUGAUGUUGAUGUUUCUUGUGUUUCUAUGACUCCUAUUUCAAGAGACAAGCAGCUCUCUAUAUUAGAAUCAGCGCUUACCAAAGAAUCUUUAGAUAAAUUAACAGUUGGAGAGUGGAGUAAUUUAAUGACCAGCAAACCAAUUAUAAAACCAGAAGACAAGAUGAAUUACUUUGACCUUCUAUCUGAUGAGGUGGUUCUUCAGAUCUUCCGUUGGAUACCGAAAAGCAACUUGCGUGACAUCGCACUCACUUGCUCUAGAUUCCAUCGAUUGAGCAAUGAUGAGACUCUCUGGACUCGCAUGGAUGUUUCGAACAAACAUUUGGAUGAAGGUGACUUGGGAUUGAUUUUGAGUAGGCAAGUGAUUGUUUUGCGCCUGGCCAAGUCCACUAUCCUUGACAAUCCCAUCUUGGGCAACUGUAAAGCUGCAAGCGAAGACUUUCAAUGCAGACUGAUGUACUUGGAUCUGAGCAUGUCGACCAUUUCCUGUGAGAGUUUGAUUGUGGUGUUCAACAAGUGCCGCAAAUUAAAAAAGAUCAGUUUGGAGAAUAUCAGAUUGAACGAUGAGGUGCUACUUGCCCUGUCAGCUAACACUUGCCUUGAAGUUGUCAAUUUGGCCAUGGCCUCGGGGAUCAAAGAGGACGGAUUGAAAUAUUUGCUCACCAAUUGCAAAUUGAUAAGGGAGCUGAAUGUGGCUUGGACUUACCUUAAUUCCAACUGCAUUGAGUACUUGUGCAAGAACUUGCCGAUAACAAUGGAUAGACUCAAUGUUGCAGGAUGCAGAAAAUUGCUUUUAGACAGAAAUGUGCAAUCAUUGGUGGCAUGCUGCCCAAAUUUAAGAGAGCUUGAUUUGUCUGACUGUACAGUAAUUACUGAACGGUCCAUACAGCACAUAACAACUUUAAAGCAUUUGACUUUCAUUGCACUCUCUCGUUGCUACAUGGUAUCGCACGAGUCGCUUGCAACCCUCCGCUGCUUAAAAAAUCUCGCUUACUUGGAUAUCCACGGUGGUUAUUUAGACCGCAUUCAGCUCAACGAGGUCCAAACCAGUUUGGGAGCAAGGGUUCAGCUGAACCAAUUCAAGUUCAGUUCAGUGGCUCGCCCUACAGUCGGAUUACGUCGUUCCAGCAUUUGGAACUUAAGGGUGCGAGAUUAAGGAACUCGGACGCAGUUCAUAUGUAUUAUUUGGGAAUAUUAGUACCACACUGUUAUUAUAAUUUAUCUAUCUGAUCUCUCGAGGGGAGAAAUAGGCUGUUUCUACUUAAUAGACUUUUAUGUUUUUUUUUUAAAGGUCAACUUUUAAAGACGUUGAACUAUUAAUAUAUAUUUUUUGUCAAUA